GGUUGAGGGGCUGGAGUUCCUCGGCGCAGAUUCCGCGGGGAAGGGCCCCGGGAGUCUGCUAGUCGCAGGAGCAGCGAGGCUUUACCCGGAGAGGCGUUUGCACGUGGAGCCCGCGCCUCCACCGUUCCCAGCAGGCUCUGGAGCGCGGCCGAGGGCCACGGGGCGGAUUCCGGAGCUGGACUGAACAUUAGAAAUACUUCAGCCAUGACUAAGAGAGAAGCAGAAGAACUGAUAGAAACUGAGAUUGCUGGAACUGAGAGACCAGAGUGGACAGAAGAGAACAUCAUGGAACAGACCUACGCUCCAGCUGAAUGUGUAAGCCAGGCCAUCGACAUCAAUGAACCAAUAGGCAAUUUAAAGAAACUACUUGAGCCGAGACUACAGUGUUCUUUGGACGCUCAUGAAAUUUGCCUGUAAGACAUUCAGCUGGAUCCAGAACGGAGCUUGUUUGACCAAGGAGUAAAAACAGAUGGAACUGUACAGCUUAGUGUACAGGUACUCUCUUACCAAGGGAUGGAGCCAAGCCUAAACAUUCUUGAAAUUGCUAAAAUGGUGGAAACGGUUGAAGUGGUCUUUGACCCGGAUGCCCACCAUGCAGAAGCAGAAGCACAUCUUGUUGAAGAAGCCCAAGUGAUAACACUUGACGGUACCAAGCAUAUCACUACUAUCUCCGAUGAAACCUCGGAGCGAGUGACGAGAUGGGCUGCUGCCCUGGAAGGCUACAGAAAAGAGCGGGAGCGCCUUGGGAUCCCCUACGAUCCUAUACAGUGGUCCACAGACCAAGUCCUGCAUUGGGUGGUUUGGGUAAUGAAGGAGUUCAGCAUGACCACCACACUCAACAUUUCGGGAAGAGAAUUAUGCAGUCUCAACCAAGAUUUUUUUCAGCGGGUCUCUCGGGGAGAACUUCUCUGGAGUCAUCUGGAGCUUCUUCGAAAAUAUGUUCUGGCAAGCCAAGAACAACCGAUGGAUGAGAUAGUUACAAUUGACCAGCCUGUGCAAAUCGUCCCAGCAUCAGCGCAGUCCGAUACACCAACUACACUCAAAGUUAUAAACAGUAGUGCAAAGACGGCCAAAGUGCAGAGGUCCCCAGGGAUUUCAGGGGAAGACAGAAGCUCGCUCGGAAACAGAACAGGUUUAGGAAACAAUGGUCAGAUCCAACUGUGGCAGUUUCUGUUAGAACUUCUCACUGACAAGGAUGCUCGAGACUGUAUUUCUUGGGUUGGUGAUGAAGGUGAAUUUAAGCUAAAUCAGCCUGAAUUGGUUGCACAAAAAUGGGGACAACGUAAAAACAAGCCUACGACGAACUAUGAGAAACUCAGCCGUGCGUUACGGUAUUAUUAUGACGGAGGCAUGAUCUGUAAAGGUCAAGGCAAGAGAUUUGUGUACAAAUUUGUUUGUGACUUGAAGACUCUUAUUGGAUACAGGGCAGCAGAACUGAACCGCUUGGUCACAGAUUGUGAACAGAAGAAACUUGCAAAGAUGCAGCUCCAUGGAGUCGCCCAGCCAGUCACAGCUGUAGCUCUGGCCGCUGCCUCUCUGCAGGAAAGGACAACUGAAACCUGGGACCUCCCGGGCAUCUAA